AUGACUAGGCCUACCAUCAUCCGCGCGGAUACAAUCGAUUUGCAGCAGCAGAGUCCCCCGUCGGCCAAGGACCACCACCGCCUGCUCGAGUCUGCCUCGGACUACUCCCUCUCUCCCAUCGCUCCGCACCAGGCCGAGACCCUCCGCGAGGUCGCUCACGAGACCGCCGAAGAGGAAGCCCAUAGCCCAAGGGCUUUAUGGAUGAGUGGAAAGGGCAGCAGACCCGGUGACGCCCAGUCGCAAGAGCACGGCGCCUACUCGGGCUCCGGUGGCGCCCAACCCGGAGACCUCGCCGGGGGGUCCACCACUGCCGACAUGUAUGACGACGAUCUCGACCACCAGGAUGACCUCGCUAUUUCUCAGAAUGACGGCACCUCAUCGUCUUCGGACGAAGGCGACCUCGACGGCGAUGGCGACCUCGACGAAGAUGACAUGAUGGACAAGAUCUCGAGCUCUCCUUCAAUCGAAGAUGAGGACAUCGAUUUCGAGUUCGUUUACGCGCUGCAUACCUUUGUGGCUACCGUCGAAGGCCAAGCAAAUGCGACCAAGGGCGACACCAUGGUGCUGCUGGAUGACAGCAACAGCUACUGGUGGCUGGUGCGAGUGGUCAAGGACAGCAGUAUCGGAUAUCUGCCUGCCGAGCACAUCGAGACGCCGACGGAGAGACUGGCCCGCUUGAACAAGCACAGGAACAUCGACCUUUCAGCCACGAUGCUGGGCGAUCAGGCGCAAAAACCCAAGAAUUCCUUCAAGGCCAUCCGCAGAAGGCGCAAGACAGUCACCUUUGCUGAACCAACCUACGUCAACUAUUCCGAUUUCGAUUACUCCACCGAGGACGAUGAUGGCGACGAACUAUUUAGCCCCAGUGCGCAGCAGUCGGCAGAUCAGCACAAGCAGGAUAGCUCGACCGACGACCUAAUCGGCGACGAUGGCGCUAAAGUCGAACCUCUAAAGACCCGGGCGAGCAAGGAAGACGCUAUGGCAGAGGGCUCGAAAGAAGAGGUCGACGCCGAAGAGGCCAGAGAGGGCGACGACGCUAUUGACAACCAGGCGGGCGGUCCCAGCAGGUCGCGAAACGGCACAGUUAGGAACACCGACUCUUUCUUCAAGGACGAAAGUCUCGAAACCAAGAAGAUAACGCUCACCCCCAACCUGCUGCGAGAUGACAACACCCCUCGAGAGUCGACGGAAUCCGCCACCCGGGAUGCAAAGGCGAGGACCAGCCUGGAUAAGUUGGAAAAGGAACUCGUCCCGGAUAAGAAGAAAAGCAAGGACAAGGAUAAGAAGGAAAAGGAAAAGGAAAAGAAGCCGAGCGCCAUCCGAAGCUUCUUCUCGAGAAAAGAUAAAAAGAAGGUGUUCGAAGAUGACGACGAGUCGAUUGGCAAGCGGUCCAUGGACACCACUUCCGAGUCGCGUGACAGCGAGGAUCGCAUGGUGGAAGACCAGGCCUCUCCCGACAAGCCCGGCAGCACCCAUCGGAACUCGAGCAGAUUGCAGAAACCGCCCCCGGCGAGCAAGGCGCCCAAGUCUGUUGAGCUCGCGUCCUACUUGGCCGAGGGGCGCACAAACGACGUGUCCAACGUGCCGCCAGCGUCCAUGCGCAUCGUCCACCCCGACACUCGGGAGACGCAGGAGCGAUCCGGCUCCGUGGCUGCCGCCCCGCGAGACGAAAAGUCUGCCACCUCCAAGCUUGUGAACGCUCGGAGCUCAAGCGCUGGUCCGGAUUCUAGGGGGCAAAAGACGGUCAAAGCCAAGACGCGAGAGCUGGACGGCUCGGACGAUUCCGAGGCAGAAGGGUCUGGCAAGGGAUGGCAAGGCGGAUCGAAUGAUUCUACGAUAUCCCAGGCGGCUGGCGAUCAACAAAACAGCAGUCGCUCAACACCAGCGACCGCGCACGACAAGACGUCCACCCCGCCGCCGCAACCGCUGCCGGGCCACACGGAGCGGACGCAGACGUUGCAGGCUCAAGAAUCUCCCGCCCACGUAUCCAGUCCGCCCCCGCUUGUCGUCGAUACGUCAUCGCCAGAGGCCGAUUCGCCCGAAGCCUCGCCGUCUCCUGACCAGACGCAGGCCGCGCGUGGCGGCCAGCAAGUCGGCGGCUCGGCAAGCAAAGAGCCGAGCUGGGACGACACAAAGCUGCGAGCCUUUUUCGACGACACCGAUCAUAUCCGAGACCUGUUGGCGGUCGUCUACGACAAGACGGAUGUGGAGCCCGCCGGCAGUGACCAUCCGGUCAUGGGAGGGCUCUUUCGGGAGCAGAAUGCCAAGUUGGCCGAGAUUACCACGCAAUUGGAUAACAUGUUGGGAGACUGGCUGGCGAGAAAACAGCGUCUCCGAGGGACGAUAUAA